GGAAGCCCGCGUUGGGCAACCUUGGCUUCCCCCAAGGCAGCGUAAACACAGUCGCGUCGGCACACCUGUCGCUGGCGCCGUGCGAGUCGGACCAACCGAGGGGCGACGAUGCAGGAGCCGGAGUCCAGGCCGUACCCCAAGGCUGUCUUCUUCAUCAUCGGCAACGAGUUCUGCGAACGGUUUUCCUACUAUGGCAUGCGAACUAUACUUACCUUAUUCUUAAUAAAUGUGCUGAUGUUUGAGGAGCACACGGCCAAGUCGGUGUACCACGGGUUCGUCAUGGCGUGCUAUUUUUCCCCGGUGCUCGGGGCAAUGAUAGCUGAUUCUUAUCUCGGAAAAUUUAGAACGAUCUUCUACAUAUCCAUCGUGUACGCCAUCGGGAACAUCACCCUUGCGGUGUCUGCUGUGCCUGCUCUCGUUGGCCACACCUGGAUUCCCAUGAUUGGCCUAGCGGUCAUCGCUUUUGGAACAGGCGGCAUCAAACCGUGCGUGUCCGCGUUCGGAGGCGACCAGUUUAUGCCAGGGCAGGAAAGGCAGCUGGAGCAGUUCUUCUCGCUCUUCUACCUGUCAAUUAACGCCGGCAGCCUGCUGUCAACGUUCAUCACACCAAUUUUGCGAGUGCAACGCUGCCUGGGGCAGAUGUUCUGCUUCCCGCUGGCCUUUGGUGUGCCGGCGGCGCUGAUGGUGCUGGCACUGGUGUUCUUCAUGGUCGGAAAGCCUCUGUACCGCAUUGUGCCUCCGGCUGGAAACGUCGUCGUCCGUGUACUGCAAUGCAUAUGGCACGCGCUUUCACGCAAAAUGCGGACCACGGAACCCAGGGAGCACUGGCUGGACCAUGCGGACGACGUGUUCGAGAAAUCGCUUAUCGCCGACAUCAAGGAUGUGCUGCACGUGCUUGUGCUGUAUGCGCCUUUGCCCGUCUUCUGGGCGCUCUUCGACCAACAGGGCUCACAGUGGACUCUGCAGGCGAAUAAGAUGGACGGUGAAAUCCUCGGCUACCAGGUGCUGCCGGACCAAAUGCAGCUGGUGAACCCCCUGCUCAUACUGGUGCUAGUGCCUGUUUUCAGCUACGGCGUAUAUCCCAUGUUCAACCGGUGCAACCUGCUCAAUAGGCCCCUGCAGAAGAUCACUGUAGGGGGUGUGGCGGCCGCUGCUGCGUUCGCCGUCGCCGGUUGCGUUGACAUGGCGCUCGAGAGUGGUGCCGAGGCCCCCUCACCGGCCGGCUUCACAAGGGUCGCGUUCGUCAACACCCUGCCCUGCCCAGUGCAAGUGAGCGGCCCCCAGCUUGAACUGCGGCUUCAGCCCGGAAUGGCGCUGAGCGAGCCGCAUGUGCCACGAGCAGCUGUGCUGCACGUGUUGGCGUUGGCGCCCUGCACCCUUGCACCAGCGCAGCUACAAGCGGUCACCUCUGGACAGGUCAUUCUGCUCGAGGACAAGCAGGCCGUGAGGCCCACCCUGGUACCCAGCACAAAGGCUUCCAAAAGCCACAAUGGCCAGCUUCUGGUCGCGUACACGCUCCAGGAGCCCGUUGCGGCCGUGAUGUUCGCGGGCGACUCGGCGGGGAAGACGUACUCAGCGGCGCCUGUGCACACCAACUCCACAUCGUCAUUCUCUAACGCUACGGGCCUCACCCCGGGCAGGUAUACAGCUCGGCUACUGGGCUCCGAUGACCGGGAGCUGGCUGCGUGCAAUGUGGUCGUGAAGAAUGGCGGACACUACACCCUGGUUGUCACGCAUGAGGCGAGCGCGGAGCCCAACUGCAGUCUGCACGAGAUUGUGCGUCCCAACAGUCUCUCCAUGUUCUAUCAGAUUCCUCAGUACGUGCUCAUCACGGCGGGGGAAGUCAUGUUCUCUGUGACGGGACUCGAGUUUUCCUACUCCCAGGCACCGAGCUCGAUGAAAUCUGUGCUGCAGGCUGCCUGGCUGCUCACCGUGGCCGUGGGUAAUCUCAUCGUGGUCAUCAUCGCAGAGGCGAGGUUCUUCAGUGUGGCGGCUAACGACAGCCUGAAGUCUAACAAGAGUGCAGCUCGUCCGAAUCAUUCAUGUAUAGUGGCCUGAUGACUUUGGACAUGGUGGUAUUCGGUGUGAUGGCCUGCUUCUACAAGUACAUCAAGCCGGGUGCCCGGGAUGCAUGCGAGAAGCCCCAACCGGUUUCGGAAGGCGACACCAAGAUGUAGUUUUGUGCAUAAUGUGAAUAAAUUGCUCAAUUGUU